AUGUCGACAAACUGUAUUUUCAUGUUGAUUGUGGUAUUAGUUUCACUUUUAUCUGUGAAUGGUGAACAAAACAAAACAAAAGAUGAAGAUAUGUGUGGUGUAAUUACUAAUAUACUUUGUGUUAAAGAUCUACUUGCAGACAUUGCAAAAGCAGCGAAAGAUAUUCGUAAAACUGCGAAUGAGAUUGAACAGAAAGUUUUUAAAAAGGAUCUAAAUAAACUUCAUCUUAUAACAACAAUAAUAGGUAAAAGAUCAGCAUUACAUUCAAGUUUUCCUACAUCAAAACAUCAUAUGCAUUCAUUAACAAUGAGUAAUAUUGAUAAAGAUGAUUUUAUUCGUUUAAUUAAAGAGCAGCAUUAUGCUAUUGGCUAUUUAUAUAAUUCUAUAGAAAGUUUACAUUAUAUUCAAAGUACAUCAGGAAAAAAUUUUGAUAAUUUAUUUAAUAAAACUCAAAAAAAAUUAAAAAAAAAUAUCUUAUGUAAUUAUAUAGAUAUUUUACGUGUUUAUUCAGAAAAUUGGUUCACAAUUGAUCAAAUUAAUGGUAUUCAAAUAACAGAAACACGAGAACAUGAGUUAUCAUUAUCAGAAUAUAAUAGUUAUUCAAUUAUUAUUGCUGAAUUAAUAACCAAAUGGAUGCGAUGUAUUGAAAAUGUUAUAAAUAAUCUUAAAUAUAAACUUAUUUAA